AUGGCGCCACCACCACCAGAUCAGCUCGGCCCGACGACCUACGUUCGUUCGUUCAUCUCACAACCAGUAACGGCUGCUUUCAUGGCUGGCGGAGUGGCGGGUGCUGUGUCGAGAACGGUGGUGUCACCUCUCGAGCGCCUCAAGAUUCUGUUCCAGGUCCAGAGCGCGGGGAGGGACGCAUACAAGCUCAGUGUGGGCAAAGCGUUGAUGAAGAUGUGGAAGGAGGAGGGCUGGCGCGGGUUUAUGAGAGGCAAUGGCACGAACUGCAUCCGCAUCGUGCCUUACUCGGCCGUCCAGUUUGGGAGUUAUAAUUUCUAUAAGAGGAGGUUCUUCGAGAGACAUCCCGACGACAGCCUGACGCCCCUGUCCCGCCUGACGUGCGGUGGCAUUGCUGGUAUUACCUCUGUUACUGUUACCUACCCGCUCGACAUCGUGCGAACAAGACUCUCGAUUCAGUCCGCGUCCUUUGCCGAGUUGGGUGAAAGACCAAAAAAGCUUCCGGGCAUGUGGCAGACCAUGGCGGUUAUGUACAAGACUGAGGGUGGAUUUCCUGCCUUGUACAGGGGUAUCGUUCCGACGGUGGCUGGUGUUGCGCCAUACGUCGGUCUGAACUUCAUGGUCUACGAAUAUGUCCGGCAAUACUUGACACUGGAAGGCGAGCAGAACCCCAGCCAUUACAAGUCCAUCACAGACGCCGUUCGCGUCAUUGUUACCGAGGAAGGUCUGAGAGGCCUCUACAAGGGGAUCGUUCCAAAUCUCCUCAAGGUUGCCCCGAGUAUGGCGUCCAGCUGGCUCAGUUUCGAGAUUUGCCGUGACUUUUUUGUCAGCCUGAAACCGGAAGAGGAGCCAUUGCUGAGGUGA